UUGAUUUGUUGGUCCAACACAAUGGACUGUUUUGAGGCAUAACAAAAAGGCCCAACUGCCAGCUGCCACUUGCCACCCAAACGCCCUCCUAUCUCCGUCUCGCUCACUCACACACACACGCACACACAUGCUAUCUCUCUUUGUUUGCUGUUUGCAUAUGAAAUGUUGUUGACUGUUGCAACAAUUUUUUUGUUUUCUUUCUUUUUUUUUUGAUUGUGACUGCCGUUGCUGCUGUUUCAUUAUUUGUUUCCGAUUAUAAACUUGUUGGCGCGCUGCUUGGCCGCGUAUAAAAGGCGUUGUCAGCGCUUGACCCAUCAUCACAGCCACUUGACCCACAGCCAGCUAGAGAGCAGCCAGAGCCACAGCGUGUGCAACUAACUAAGUCCCAAGCAGCAGCAUGAAGAUAUUUGUGACCAUUCUUGUGGCCGCUUUCGCCUUGGCCCGUGCCGACAUCAGCCUCACGCAGCAGGGCUACAACUACCGCCAGCAACAGCAACAGCAACAGCAGCAGCAGCAGCAGCAGCAACAGCAACAGCCAACUGUUGUGGCUCACUUGCUCAACCAGCAGUUGCAGCAGCAACAGUCGCAGCAGUCGCACUCAUCGCACCCAGUGCUGCCGCCUCUAGCCGUGCCACUGCCGUAUCUGCCACCUGUGGGCCAGCAGUAUCACUCGCAGCCUCAGCGUCUGCCCGCUCCCUUCCCCAUGCCCUCCAACUUCCCAGUGAACUUCCAGACGGCGCCGCUGCAGCAGACGCGUCGUUCGCGUCCACGCGUUCGCAUUCCCAAGAAACCAAUCGUCACCAAGAACUUCUUCAUUCACACCGCGCCCGAGGAGUCUGACGACGAGAUUCAGGAUGAGCUCCAGCAGCUGAACCAGCAGCCACGCAACCACUACAACGUGCUGUUCGUGAAGACGCCCGCCCAGACGAAUCGCGCGGCUGCCCUGAAUCUGGCCAAGAGCCUAAAGCAGGAGAAAACUGUGGUCUAUGUGCUGGCCAAGAAGACAACGGCCGCCGAUCUGCAGGACGCCAUUGCCGAGGCGCCACAGCACAUCAACAAGCCAGAGGUGUUCUUCAUCAAGUACCGCACUCCGGAGGAGGCGCUCAAUGCUCAGCGCCAGAUCCAGACUCAAUACGAUGCUCUGGGCGGCAGCUCCACCAUCACCGACGAGGGCUUGGCGCCAAUCACCUCCGUCGUUGGCUCUCUGGACGCACCCGAAGAGGAGGAGGAGGAGCAGCAGCAGCAACAGCAACAACAGCAACAGCAGUCCAACGAUAUCAGUGGCAGCGCCAACCUGAGUGGCAGCAUCAAUGGCAACCUCAAUGGCAACCUCAUUGGCAACGGGCCAAUCAACAAUCACUAUCUGCCCUCGAAUCAGUUCUAAAGUAUCUUCAUUGCUCACCCAUUGCGAAUCUUAGUUAGUUCGUCCACAUCCCCGUUGAACUCUCGCAUUUUAUUGUUGUCUAAGUUUAUAAGCGAAUUUAUAGUUGUUUAAGUACAUCCUGUAACC